GCUAAACUUCACCAAAUAAUAGCUGUUUGUAUUUUGGCUGCUGCAGGAGCCAUUUUAGAAAUAAACAUCUUCCUGCAAUAGAUGAAAAUGAAAAUACAGAAGAAAGAAAAGCAGUUGUCAAAUUUAAAAGUUCUGAAUCACUCCCCAAUGUCUGAUGCCUCUGUCAAUUUUGACUACAAAUCUCCAUCCCCAUUUGACUGCAGCACUGACCAGGACGAGAAAAUUGAAGAUGUUGCUAGUCACCGUUUGUCCCAGAAGGACCUGUUUGCUGCUGCAGAGGAGACUGCUACCCUUUUUCCUAGGAAAAUGACCUCUCAUAAUGGGAUGGAGGACAGUGGAGGAGGAGGUACUGGAGUGAAGAAGAAACGGAAGAAAAAGGAGGCAGGAGAGCAAGAGGGUGCAGCAAAGGGAAGCAAAGACAGGGAGCCCAAGCCAAAGAGGAAACGAGAACCUAAAGAGCCAAAGGAGCCCAGGAAGACCAAGGAGCCGAAGAAGGCCAAGGAGCCCAAGGAGCCGAAGCAGAGGGAUGGAGUAAAGAAGACCCGGAAGCCCCGGGAAGCCUCGGGCACCAAGGAGGCCAAAGAGAAGAGGAGCUGCACUGACUCUGCAGCUAGGACGAAGUCCAAGAAGUCCAGCAAGGAGCAAGGACCAACCCCAGUGGAGAAAAAGAAGAAAGGAAAAAGGAAAAGUGAAUCGACGGUGGAGAGUUUAGAGCUGGAUCAGGGCCUGCCGAACUCAUCCCUGCGGAGUCCUGAGGAGUCCACUGAGUCUGCAGACAGCCAGAAGCGACGUUCAGGACGGCAAGUGAAGCGUAGAAAAUACAACGAAGACCUGGACUUCAAAGUGGUGGAUGAUGAUGGGGAAACCAUCGCUGUUCUUGGAGCUGGCCGAACAUCUGCACUCUCGGCUUCUACACUGGCUUGGCAGGCAGAGGAGCCUCCAGAAGAUGAUGCAAACAUUAUUGAGAAGAUCCUGGCAUCUAAGACCGUUCAGGAGGUUCACCCAGGAGAACCUCCAUUUGACUUGGAGCUAUUCUACGUUAAGUACAGAAAUUUUUCCUACUUACAUUGUAAAUGGGCCACAAUGGAAGAACUGGAAAAGGAUCCUCGCAUCGCACAGAAGAUAAAGCGAUUUAGGAAUAAACAAGCCCAGAUGAAGCACAUUUUUACUGAGCCUGAUGAAGACUUGUUCAAUCCAGACUAUGUGGAAGUUGACCGCAUCUUGGAGGUGGCUCACACCAAGGAUGCAGAAACUGGUGAGGAGGUGACACAUUACCUGGUUAAGUGGUGCUCACUACCAUAUGAAGAAAGCACAUGGGAGCUAGAGGAAGAUGUGGAUCCAGCAAAAGUUAAAGAAUUUGAAUCUCUUCAAGUUCUCCCUGAAAUUAAGCAUGUGGAACGGCCUGCUUCAGAUGCUUGGCAGAAACUCGAAAAGUCUCGCGAGUAUAAGAACAGUAACCAGCUCCGGGAGUACCAGCUGGAGGGAAUGAACUGGCUUCUUUUUAACUGGUAUAACAGAAAAAACUGUAUUUUGGCUGAUGAGAUGGGCCUAGGAAAAACAAUCCAGUCCAUCACAUUCCUUUCAGAAAUAUUCCUCAGGGGAAUCCAUGGCCCCUUUCUCAUCAUCGCUCCUCUGUCCACCAUUACUAACUGGGAGCGGGAGUUCCGAACAUGGACAGAGAUGAACGCCAUCGUGUACCACGGCAGCCAGAUCAGCAGGCAGAUGAUCCAGCAGUACGAAAUGGUGUACCGAGAUGCUCAGGGAAACCCCCUUUCAGGCGUCUUCAAGUUCCAUGUAGUCAUCACCACAUUUGAGAUGAUCCUGGCAGACUGCCCAGAACUGAAGAAGAUUCACUGGAGCUGUGUGAUAAUUGAUGAAGCCCACAGACUGAAGAAUAGGAACUGCAAACUUCUAGAGGGUCUGAAGCUCAUGGCCCUGGAACAUAAAGUGCUGCUCACUGGGACCCCCUUGCAGAACUCUGUGGAGGAGCUCUUCAGUUUGCUAAAUUUUCUGGAGAGGGAAAGAUUAAGUCAUUGGAGACAGGAUUUAGUACAGGUUAACUCAGGUGCUUUGACGCUGAAUCCCUUACUCUGUCAUUGUCUUCCUGGGAGAGGGAACAAGUCACCUUGCUGGUGCAGUCAAGUAAAGAAAUUGCAGUCUAUCCUAAAACCAAUGAUGCUUCGACGGCUAAAAGAUGAUGUGGAAAAGAACCUUGCUCCUAAACAGGAAACAAUCAUUGAAGUGGAAUUGACUAAUAUCCAGAAAAAGUAUUACCGUGCCAUCCUGGAGAAGAACUUUUCCUUCCUGACCAAGGGGGCUAAUCAGCACAACAUGCCCAAUCUCAUUAAUACCAUGAUGGAACUAAGAAAAUGUUGUAACCAUCCUUACCUGAUUAACGGAGCAGAGGAGAAAAUUCUGGAAGAUUUCCGAAAAACUCACAGCCCUGAUGCCCCUGACUUUCAGCUGCAGGCCAUGAUUCAGGCAGCCGGGAAGCUGGUACUGAUUGAUAAACUGCUCCCUAAGCUGAUUGCAGGUGGCCACAAAGUACUCAUCUUCUCCCAGAUGGUGCGUUGCCUCGAUAUCCUGGAAGAUUAUCUCAUCCAGAGAAGAUACACCUAUGAGCGAAUUGAUGGGCGAGUACGGGGAAACCUGCGCCAGGCAGCCAUCGACCGGUUCUGUAAGCCAGACUCAGACCGCUUUGUCUUUCUUCUGUGCACCAGAGCGGGAGGCCUGGGGAUCAAUCUCACAGCUGCUGAUACCUGCAUCAUAUUUGAUUCUGACUGGAACCCACAAAAUGACUUGCAGGCUCAGGCUCGAUGUCACCGUAUAGGCCAGAGCAAGGCCGUGAAGGUCUAUCGCCUCAUCACUCGGAACUCCUAUGAGCGGGAGAUGUUUGACAAGGCCAGCCUAAAGCUGGGACUGGACAAGGCCGUUCUUCAGGACAUCAACCGAAAGGGCAGCACCAAUGGAGUACAGCAGCUCUCAAAAAUGGAGGUGGAGGACUUGCUCCGGAAAGGUGCUUAUGGAGCUUUAAUGGAUGAGGAAGACGAAGGCUCCAAGUUCUGUGAAGAAGACAUAGACCAGAUUCUACAAAGAAGAACCCACACAAUCACCAUCCAGUCUGAAGGGAAAGGGUCCACUUUUGCCAAGGCCAGCUUCGUAGCUUCGGGAAACAGAACAGAUAUUUCCUUAGAUGAUCCCAACUUUUGGCAGAAAUGGGCUAAAAUAGCUGAACUAGACACUGAAGCAAAGAAUGAAAAGGAAAGCUUGGUGAUUGACCGACCUCGUGUGAGAAAGCAGACCAAACACUACAACUCAUUUGAGGAAGAUGAGCUCAUGGAGUUUUCAGAGUUAGACAGUGACUCUGAUGAAAGGCCCACGAGAUCCAGGCGUCUCAAUGAUAAAGCCAGGCGCUACCUCCGAGCUGAGUGUUUUCGGGUGGAGAAGAACCUGCUCAUCUUUGGCUGGGGUCGAUGGAAGGAUAUCCUGACUCACGGGCGAUUCAAGUGGCAUCUGAAUGAGAAGGACAUGGAGAUGAUUUGCCGGGCCCUACUGGUGUAUUGUGUCAAGCAUUAUAAGGGGGAUGAGAAGAUCAAGAGCUUCAUUUGGGAAUUGAUCACACCUACCAAAGAUGGGCAGUCCCAGACCCUGCAGAACCACUCAGGGUUGUCUGCCCCAGUCCCCAGAGGGAGGAAAGGGAAGAAAACAAAGAACCAGCUACUGCUCCCAGAGCUCAAGAAUGCAGACUGGCUGGCCACCUGCAAUCCCGAGGUUGUCUUGCAUGAUGAUGGCUACAAGAAACACCUCAAACAGCACUGCAAUAAGGUACUUUUGCGAGUGAGGAUGUUAUACUACCUAAAAGCUGAAAUAUUGGGAGAAGCAGCUGAUAAAGCAUUUGAAGGAACUCCUGCCAGGGAGCUAGAUGUGCCUCUGCCCGACAUCGACUAUGUGGAAAUCCCUGUGGACUGGUGGGAUGCCGAGGCCGAUAAGUCCCUUCUCAUUGGCGUGUUCAAGCAUGGUUAUGAGAGGUACAAUGCCAUGCGAGCAGACCCAGCACUCUGCUUCUUGGAGAAGGUCGGGAUGCCAGACGAAAAGUCUCUUUCUGCAGAACAGGGUGUUACAGAUGGGACCUCGGACAUUCCUGAAAGAGGCAACACAGAUAAAGAGGACAAUGCUGAGGACAAAACAGAUGGCCUCCAGAAGCAAACGGAAAGUUCUGGCGAUGGCGGUGAUGGCAUCUUCGGUGAAAAGAAGGAUGACAGCCGGGCAGCCCAGGAUGGCUCUGACCCAGACAAAUCACCCUGGCCAGUUUCGUCCGCUCUCACAGCUCGUCUCAGACGUCUGGUCACUGUUUACCAGCGCUGCAACCGCAAGGAGCUCUGCCGACCUGAAGUUCUGGGACCAGGUAACCAAGGAUACUGGGUUCAGGAAGAGAUGUUCAGGAGAGCCUCAGAAAUGGACCUCAUCAACAAGGAAGCCCAAAAGAGGUGGACUCGGAGAGAGCAGGCAGACUUCUAUAGAACAGUUUCUUCCUUUGGUGUUGUUUAUGAUCAAGAAAAGAAAAUCUUUGACUGGACACAGUUCCGCAUCAUUUCCCGUUUGGACAAGAAAUCGGAUGAGAGCCUAGAACACUAUUUUUACAGUUUCGUGGCCAUGUGCCGGAACGUCUGUCGUCUGCCUGCACGGAAAGAUGGCGGUCCUGCAGAUGCCACCAUUUAUGUGGAGCCCAUCACCGAGGAGCGAGCCGCACGAACUCUGUACCGCAUCGAGCUGUUGAGGAAGGUCCGCGAGCAGGUGCUCAGGUGUCCUCAGUUACACGAGCGCCUCCAGCUGUGCAGGCCCAGCCUCUACCUCCCAGUCUGGUGGGAGUGUGGGAAGCAUGACCGAGACCUGCUCAUUGGCACUGCCAAGCACGGGCUUACCCGCACUGACUAUUACAUCAUGAACGACCCCCAGCUGUCAUUUCUGGAUGCCUAUAGAAAUUAUGCCCAGCAUAAAAGAACUGAUGCCCCAGUACCAGGAAGUCUCUGCUGCCUUUACCAGACCAACUCUAAACUAUAUGAAUCUCUUACAUACACUCAAAUGAGUAGGACUGUUGAGUCCCUUGAAAGUGAACCUGAGAAUCUAGUGAAAAUAGAAAGUAGAGAUGAUCAUUUAAGCCUGCCAGGGGGUAACCUACCCGACAUGACUUGUGAAAGCUUCAUUUCUAAAGUUCAGGAUGUCAUUUCCAUCGACCAUGAUGAAAGUCAGCUGUCUGAGACCUUGGAAAGCAUGAUGUGUGGAAAGAAGGUGCUUAGCCAAGAGCCAGGCUCUUUUCAGGAGAGCUCAGGUCCCAGUACAGAGUCCAGGAAAGACACUGUUGCCAUCUCAGCAAACAAAGAUGGAAAUGGCCAUAAGGCAGAAAUAGCUGCAGACUCCUCUUUUAUGGAUAGUUUAGAAGCAGGGGUAGCUCAAAUGAACAUUAAAAAUGGGAAUCAUUUGUCAGUAUCUGCUUCAAAGGAAGGGGAGCCCUGUUGCAGUGAGAUGGGGCAGAGACCUGAAUGCAUUGGGCAGCUGGAAGCCAAAUGCUUAGCUUCCCCUUCCUUGGAUCCAGGAAACGAAAGUGGGUUUGUAGAUAUGUGCAAUCUUCAUGUCUGUGACUCCAAAAGAAACUUAUCCUCAGAUCAGCAAUUAAUUGAUUUGUUAGAAAGCAAGAGUUUAGAAAGUAAAUUAAUUUUGAGUCAGAACCGUAGUGAUGAGGAAGAAGAAGAGGAGGAAAAUGAGGAGGAAAACUUAGCCAUGGCGGUAGGCAUGAGGGACAGGCCAGAGGUUUUGCAUCUCACCGAGCACACUACUAAUACACCAAGGGAAAAGAGCCUUAGCUUCCAUGUAGAUGAAGCCAGGAAAGGAAACCCAGAGGCAGUAGGCCAGCCUCUUGGACUGCAGAAGGCAUUUCCUUCAGCCACCUGUCAGUGUCACUGCAGACACAUGGAGAGGUGGGUGCGUGGUCUUGAGAACAAUGAAUUUGAAGUGGAGAAACCCAAGGCUUAUAGCCCAGAUCUGUACAAAAACAAAACCAAUGUCACAAUGGAGGAGGAACCUACUGCUGUUCCAUCAGAAUCAUUUCAAGUGAAGCAUGAGCCUUUAAAAGAACCUUGGAAAGAAAGUAUAGAGAGAAAAAAGGGAUUCCCCAUGUAUCUUCCCAAAGGAACUGAGCUCAAGUCAGAAGACGUGGAUUUUGAGAAUAAAGAUGAAUAUGACAGAGAUGGAAACUGCCAUCAAGAUUAUCCAGGGAAAUACUCGGAGGAGGAAAGCAAGAGCUCGACAUCAGGCAUCACAGGGGACGUUGGGGAUGACCUGCAGGAGGCUCGGGCUCCCACCAUUGCUCAACUGCUACAGGAGAAAACUCUGUAUUCCUUCUCAGAGUGGCCAAAGGAUCGUGUGAUAAUUAACCGCCUCGAUAAUAUCUGCCAUGUGGUGUUGAAAGGGAAGUGGCCCUCCAGCCAGCAGUACGAGCCCUCAGGUACACUGUCCACCCCUGUGUUAGCCAGCAGUGCUGGUUCUCGAAACAGCCUUUCGGAGCCAGAAGCAUCAGAACACAGCUUCAGCAAUGGUGCAGCCUUGGCAGCACAGAUCCAGAAGGAGAGCUUCUUGACUCCAAUAUUCACGAAGGAUGAACAAAAGCACAGACGUCCCUAUGAGUUUGAGGUGGAGAGGGACGCAAAGGCUCGGAGCCUGGAGCAAUUCUCGGCCACCCAUGGACACCCGCCCAUCGUCCUCAAUGGCUGGCAUGGGGAAUCAGCAAUAGACCUCUCCUGCUCCUCAGAGGGGUCCCCGGGAGCCACACCCCCUUUCCCAGUGAGCACCAGCACCCCUAAGAUUGGGGCUAUCGGUUCCCUUCAAGGAGCCCUUGGCAUGGACUUGUCUGGGAUUCUGCAAGCUGGCUUGAUCCAUCCAGUGACCGGACAGAUCGUCAACGGAAACCUCAGAAGAGAUGAUGCUGCCACGAGGAGGCGGAGAGGGAGGCGGAAACAUGUUGAAGGAGGGAUGGACCUUAUCUUUCUAAAAGAGCAAACACUUCAGGCAGGAAUCUUGGAAGUCCACGAAGACCCAGGGCAGGCCACCCUGAGCACCACACACUCCGAAGGGCCAGGACCUGCUACCUCCACCCCUGAACCGGCCGGAGCCACCAGCAGCCAGGCCGAGAAGGCCGUUCCCAGCAAGAGUCUGCUUGACUGGCUGCGACAGCAGGCGGACUACUCCCUGGACGUUCCCAGCUUCGGGGCAAAUUUUUCAGACAAACCAAAGCAGAGGAGGCCACGCUGUAAAGAACCUGGAAAAUUAGAUGUCAGCUCUCUGAGUGGGGAAGAGAGAGUUCCUGCCGUCCCCAAGGAGCCAGGACUGAGGGGAUUUCUCCCAGAAAACAAGUUCAAUCACAGCCUGGUGGAGCCUGUUCUUCGAGACGCUGGCCCCCGUAGGAGGGGGAGGCGGCCUCGAAACGAGCUCCUGAAAGCCCCCACCAUCGUGGCAGACUCCGGCUCCGGAAUGGGGCCACUGUUCAUGAAUGGCCUAAUCGCUGGGAUGGACCUGGUAGGGCUGCAGAACAUGAGGAACAUGCCAGGCAUCCCCCUCACUGGGCUGGUGGGGUUCCCGGCCGGCUUCGCCGCAAUGCCUGCGGGCGAGGAAGUAAAGAGCACCCUGAGCAUGCUGCCCAUGAUGCUGCCAGGCGUGGCCGCGGUGCCCCAGAUGUUCGGUGUCGGGGGGCUCCUCAACACACCCAUGGCGACCACCUGCACUCCCACUGCCCCAACGUCUCUACCAAGCACAACAAAAAGUGGCACGGCAGUGACCGAAAAGACUGAGGAAGAUAAGCCGAGCAGCCACGAUGUAAAAACAGACCCUUUGGCUGAAGACAAGCCUGGUCCUAGUCCAUUUUCUGAUCAGUCCGAACCUGCAAUAACUACUAGUAGUCCCGUGGCUUUCAACCCGUUUCUCAUCCCGGGAGUAUCUCCUGGACUCAUUUACCCAUCCAUGUUUCUCUCCCCUGGCAUGGGCAUGGCUCUGCCAGCCAUGCAGCAGGCCAGACACUCGGAAAUGGUAGGCCUGGAGAGCCAGAAGCGUAAGAAGAAGAAAACAAAAGGGGACAACCCCAACCCCAACCCCAACCCAGAGCCUGUUCCUGGGUGUGAAAGGGAGCCAGGCAGCGAUCAGAACUGCACCGAAUCCAGCGCCCCUUUGCCCCCAGAGAGAGAACAUGUGGCACAGGCUGGGGAAGGGACCCUCAAAGACUGCAGCAGUGACACCAAUUAGAACUCGUUUCGUUCAAGAAAUUAUUGUGACUUGUAAGUUUCUUAUCCCAUAAAGGUUUGUUACUUCCCUCACUUCACCUUCAUAAGAACCUGUGUUUCCAUAAGUAAUAUUACCUACCUGAUUUCCUGUCUGAGAAUUACGGUAACGGAUGUUAAUAGUUGCAGGGUCUUGCCACUUCAUUAGAUUAAGUGUCGUCUACCUAGUUGAGGAGGCACAGAAUUCUCAUUCUGUUACCCAGUUGUUCAUUCCAGCAGUUAUAGUUAAUACAGUACUUGGUGACACUCCCUACCCCCAGCUCUUCCAAGUCUCCCACUUAUUUGAGGAGGAAGAGGCAAAGAAAGCUGUCCAGGGAUUUAGCGAUGAAGGGUCGAAGAACAGACAAUGGGCUCUCUUUCCCGAGAGCUAGGUCCAGUAUGAAGAAUGUAAGGAGGGAAGCAAAAAGCACAGACAGAGGAAGUGCUCGUACAUAUUUUUGAGU